AUGGAUGAAAGCGAUGGUUUUGCGGCAAAGAAACCAAAAUUAGAUAUUUCGUUUAAUGCGGAGUUAAGCUCGAAUGAUGGCGUUGUUGCAAAAAAACCGAGGCUUAGCGAAUGUUCAAAUAUGCAAAUUGUCGAUGUUGCAGUGAAGGAACCAUCUCCAGUUGCCAGGCGUUUACCUUAUGGUCCGGAUCAUUCAUUUAUUCGUUAUGGCAAUAAAUAUCAUCUUUUGUUGUGUGUUACUGGAUCGGUUGCUACAAUUAAAUUAAAAGAAUUGAUCGACCAUUUAAUCAAACUUUCGCCUUCCGACCGUUUAGAUAUACGCAUCGUCGCUACCGAUGCGGCCAGAAGAUUUUUCGAUGAGAAUUCAUUGAGCCAGAUAGUCUAUACUGAAGCAGAUGAAUGGAAUAUGUGGCAAAAUCGUGGAGAUCCUAUCCUUCAUAUUGAGCUUCGCAACUGGGCUGAUGCUAUGUUAAUUGCGCCUUUGGAUGCAAAUACACUGGCAAAAAUUGCCAAUGGGCUCUGUGACAACUUGUUAACAUGUGUAGUUCGUGCCUGGCAUCCCAAUAAGCAAAUAUUUUUUGCUCCUGCCAUGAAUGCAGCAAUGUGGGAAAAUCCUAUAACUCAUCAACAUAGGAGAACAUUAAGAGAUUUUUUUCAUUUUAGGGAAAUUCCUCCGAUCGAGAAACAGUUAAUGUGUGGAGAUCAGGGGUGUGGUGCAAUGGCGACGAUACAAAUGAUUGCUUCGAUCGUUGCCAGUGAUGUAAAAAAUCGUUUUGCAGUUUAUUCGGAUAAUUCAAAGCUGUAA